AAUCAUGUCUUUAUCCAAACCAUCCAUCUUUUUCGCCACCACAGUCCUACAUAACUCCCUUUCUGCAGCUGAGGAUAAGAGUGACCCUCGCUUGUGAUAAAAGGCAGCCAAGAUAGCAAGACUUUGUCAGCUGGGGCCGCUGCUCCUCAUUAUCUCAACAGAGCAAGCCAAAUAUGUCCUGGAGGGUGAAGGGGCUUCAGACCUAAAAGCCCCUGAUCCCUACCCCCCUCCUGAUGUGACCAUAUCUGGUUUAAAAACUAUCACGGGAGCCUGUUUACAACCCAGUUUUCGUUUAACCUCAAGGCUGUUCAAAGUGUCAUUAAGGCAUUAUGAAGAAUGUUUUAGAUCCGCAUCUUUGACCAGCACAGGGGCGAGUUUUAGCCCCCGCAUCCCGACGUGUGAUCCCCCCUAGCUCCAGAUGGCUGGACUCCGCUCCAUAAUUUACUGAUGACUUUAACCCUUCCAGCAGAUACAACCUCUCUCACUCUCUCUCUCUCGUCACGAAGCCUAUAGAACCCCCACCGCAUAUAGCAGCUUUAAGUCAGUUAUGUCAUUAUUAGACCAUUAGGUUUCCCCCUCUGCCCUGUUUGUGCAUGAGGUUUUUUUAAGUGGGAAAGUUUUGUGAGAGUAUUACAGCUCUCAAGUACAGACACAACUUUUUAAUUUUGCUGUCUGCAUACUUAAUGUUAGAGGUUAUCUUAUUUUUCCAUUUUGCAAACGCUGAAGUGAGGAGGGAUCCACUGAUCGCAGGUGGUAGGUUGUCUCUUUUCAUAUGGUUGUGAUGCAUCAAAUUAAGACCCACUUUUACAUGUUUGCAGAACUGCAAGUGGCAAAACCCAUAUCAAACAGGUCAAAGUUGCGUGCAUGGUAUGGUAUUUAUGGAUGACAUCGAUAAUGUUUGGCCAGAAGCAAAAUAUUAAGACUUUUAUUUAUGGCCCUGACAAUAGAGCAAUCACAGAUCGCAGUAGCCUUGUGCAACCGAGCUUGUCUCGUGGAUGUAAAUCAAAAUGUGUAUUCACACCAAGUGAAAGUGCUGUUUUUCUCACCCAAAGCAAUUAGCCGUGUGGCCACACUCACAGCCUCGUGUGCUGUGUGUAUCCCGCUGCCGACUGCAUUAUCUUAAUGUAAAUCUAAGCAUGCCUGUUAGUCUUUAUCUGAUAGCGGUGAUCGGUGUGGGCUGGUCGGACACCCCGCAGUGAUGCUUAGUGGCUCCCUGUAGGUGACCACGUGGACAUACAGUAACAGUAACAACACAGAGGAGCUUAGUCAGUCACUGUUGACAGUACUGACCGGGCGCGCACCGAGGAGCCUUCGGGGCCACGCGACGAAACGCUGAUUAAAACACGUGCUUAACGAGGAGUUGGCGGGGCGCGCGUGAUGCUGCUGUUCCCUUCAGAUAAACACCUGCGGAGUCAGGGCUGAUCAUAAUAUAUGCAUCAGUUAAUUCCAGUGCACCCAGUGAAAUUUCUCUGGCAACUAUUGUCUCUGUCAUUGUUGUAGCCAAGUGGAGGAGGUUAAAACAGCAGCAUAUUUACCAGUCACAUUUGUAUCAUCAAGGGAGGACAUCAUUUAGCUAGGAUACCUAGCUUUCUGUGCACGUUUGCUUGAGCCACUGUCACACUAACGUUAUAUAGUAAACUGCUAGUUUAACCUCACCUAAAGCUACACCAUGGACGCCUUUGGUAAGGGUUUUAUCUCAAACUAAGCAGAGAAGAUAGGUAGCCCUGAGGCAAUGGCGCGACUAGCAAACAAGCUAGAAGCUCAAAUGUCUGACAACAUAUUAACUUUCUACCACAUUGUAAACAUUUCGGCACACAUUUAUAUAACCUAUAUACUUGUUUUGUUAUCAAAGAUUUUUUUUAACAAAGCCGCCCUUGUGUUGAAGGCCAGAGAGCAAAACGACCACCAGCACUAGCAACAAUUAAUGAAUUAUUAACAACAAAUUAUAAUUUUCCCGCCCUCAGUAGGCUCACUCAUAGCUGUAAGAAUUCGUUUUUCAAUAUUAGUUUUACCAUUAAACCCAAUGUAAUAUGCAAGUCCACUGGGAAAAAAUUAAAGUAGCCUAAACUGUAUUUAAAUAACAGCCCAACACUACCUUGGUGUUAAUUUGUAAAACAAAAAAACACCCUGCAUUUAGCAGGCUGUGAAACCAUGCAAGAGGCAAAGAAACACUGGGUUUUCUCAGCACAAUUCACUUUAUUGACGGUUGACUGGAGCUUGCCACCACAAGACAAAGAGGACUGUCCCUGGCAUCAACUUAUCACCCCCGUCUUUCAUUUAGGGAUGCAUAACCCCCCAUUCCAUGUGGAGUCUUCCAUUAAAACAAACUGCUCUGUAGGCCUGUGUGGCUCUGAGUCAAUUGGACACAGAGCACUGACAGUUGUGUUUGGAAACCAGACAGUAUCCAGACUGAACUCUAAUGUAGAGCAAACGUCAUUUAAUGUCAGACAAUCCAAAACUAAAUCCUGAUAAAUUAUUAACUGCUAUAAAUUGCAUUGCCAUAAGUAUCAUUGCAUGCUUUUUUUAAGCUAAUGGCUUUGUAACACCUUUAUAAAACAUUUGCUUUGUCUUUGUUUCUUAAUUGACCUCAUUGGACUGGCUAUAACUGACACUUACAAUACCCUGUCUGUUGGCCAGUCCAUGUUUCAAACACAUAAACAUUCAAUGUUCCCCUUGUAAACACAGAAAACAAAUAUGUAUAAAUGCUCUUCUUCUUGGCAUUCUAAUACUAAUUUGAAAUGUUUUGUUUUUCCCUCUUUGCACACUUCCAGACCAUCCUACCCAGGCCAGACAUAGCCAUGGCUCCCCAGGUUCCAGUUACGGAGCCCACAUUGUGGCGGACUGCCAACCAUUCCUCAGGGUAGUUGGGAAAGAUGGUCUCCAUACUGGAUUCUCCCGGGCCACCAGUUUACCAAGAACCCUAGCUGUACCUAAAGAGCUCAGACCAGAAGACAAGAUGAAUGUGAAAAUAACCUUUUUAGCAAAAGCCCACAGAGUUAGGGGGAUUAAGGCUUUCUCAAGCUAGUUUAUUAUCUAGACAGAAAAAAGUCAACAGCAAAGACUAGUCCAACACAAGUUCUUUAGCUGUCAAACUGGAGCCAGACUACUGAACCAAGUUUUCAUGGUACAUUUAGAUGGUAUCUGAUGUUGAUUUUAAACAACUGUAUUUAUCUUUGUUUUUAAGUAACAGAAUAGGCUUAAGGCAGGAUUGUCACCAUGCCCAGGCCAAAGGCAAGGCCUAGUCCACCACCUGAGAAUAUUUACGAUUUCUCCGUGGAUGCAGAGGAAGCUCAGAGUCUCCACUUGCACAGGAAAUCCUUAGAGAAGACAUCUCCUCUGAGCAAAUAUAUAGAGACCGAACACCAGCAAGCGGGGCUCUUCUCUAUGUCUCCCAGCAAUGACUCCCUGGACGCAUGUGUUGACUUCCAGAAGAAAAGGAGGAAGAAAUGUGGUGCCUGCAGUCCCUGCCUUCGCAAAGAGAACUGUGGUACCUGCACAAACUGUCUGAACCGCAAGACGGGCAAGCAGAUCUGCAAACUCCGAAAAUGUGAACAGCUGAAGAAGCGACAGAAUGAGUGGGAGGUGAGCAAGGUGGAAUAUUUUGAAGACAGCAGUCACAGCUGUUUGGGAAACCCUGAACUGGCAGCUGAGCCUGUUUGCAAAGUCACUUCAGUGGAUGGCCCCAGAAGUGGAGGCCAGAUGGAAGUUGGGUCACAUGACCGCCUUCAAGAAGGCGCGCUGAGCCUGGAACUGGCCAAUGGGGUGAAUCGCUACCCUAAUGAUGAUGAGACAUCUUUGAAAACAGAGCAGCAGAGGGCAGGAAGUGUGCCUUUAAGGCAGUGCUGGGUGGCAGGACAUGGCAAGGUCAGUGACACCCAACAAGAGCAACCAUGCUGGAGCAGCCGCAGUGGUGCAGGCAAUGGUAGACCAAUCCACCAUGCAGAUGUGGAGGAUGCCCGCAAUCUGGUGGAUUUUUCUGUUAUUGCUGGCUCCCUGCCUCCCUCUUCCUCCCCUUCCUGUCUCCUCGUGCAGCCUAACACAGCACAGUUGUAUGAGAAGUUCAUCCAGGAGAUGGGUGCUGAGGGGGCUCAGGCCAGACUGUCUCCAGGGACUCUUGAGGGAAGCUGCCAACCUCCAGAAGACCUUAACACCCUACAGGCAGCACUGAGUCAAGCCAAACAUGGACACAAGCCCCCUAACUGCAAUUGUGAUGGGCCAGACUGUCCAGACUACCUUGAGUGGCUGGAGAAGAAGAUUAAGUUGGCAACCAGUGAGGAUCAAGGUGCCCACAAGGUAGCUGAUGCUCCCCCACACUUACAGCCUCACCUACAGCAACCCCAUUCACAGCAGCAACCUCAGCCCUAUCAACAGAUAAAUGGUGGCCACUGUCUGGCUACUUCAUACUCCCAGCCGCAAAAGGGAACUCAAGGCUCUCACCCAGACCAAGUGCCCUGCUCCAAACCCCCAAUUCCUUGCUCUCCCCAGGUGCUCUCUAUAGCCAAGGAAAAGAACAUCAGUCUUCAGACAGCCAUUGCCAUAGAAGCCCUGACUCAGUUAUCUGGUACCAGUCCACAAGCUGCCACCUCUCUGGGUCAAACCCCCUACAACAGAAACCUCCAUCAACGCCAACAUACCCAUAACCUCUCAGCUCAGCCCCCCAGUGGCUUUAGUCUGAACCCGUCCUCUUCUGACACCAACUCAUCUUCCUCACGCUCUCAGUCUGUCCCUCCAGGACUGCACACCAGCCAGCAGACCCCAGUGUCCUGUGAGCAUCAUAGGCCCCAGUCCCAGGGUCAGCCAUGCCAUGCUACCCCUCUCCCAUCCUCUACCUCUCCCUUCCCAGGACAGGGAAAACCUCCAGGCUUCAGCCCUAAUCCCCAACAGUGGCAGCAAGGUUCAAACCGAGGCUCUGAACAGACAAACCCGUGGAUGUGUUUGAAGUCGGAGCCCCAAUCUCACUUUGCUGCUGCACCUCACAGUAGCUCAGAUCCCAUGUCAGAGCUCAAACAGCUGCUUGGUGAUAAUAGUGGGAAGUUCAGCAAUGCUCUUUUCAAAGUUCCAGUCACACAGAAGUCCAUCUUGAACCAGAAUGGGGGUAUCCAGGCCCAGCAUAACACGUCAAUGGACCGGAUAAAGCAAGAGCCAGACUCUGGUGAGCACUACCAUCACACUGCCUCCAUGGGACAUUAUGGCAUGGCUAAUGGUCAGCAACAGAGUCAGCACUACCCUGGCACUUCUCUGUCUCCUGUCCAAGCAGCCAUCAGCCAUUCCACUCAGGCAGCUCUGCAACAGCACCUUCACUACAAGAGGAACCUCUUCUCUAACCACUCUUCUGGCUUUGGCACACCAGGCCCGCGUGCACCUGUGGCUUGCCAAAGCCUGAAAAAAUGGUGGCCACAGGCAGAACCUUUUCCACAUCUGGCCAUGAAACAGGAUCUCAAGGAACCCAAGAAGAAAAAAAGCAGCCCGGGAUCUCCUAUCAUAAAACCUAUUAGUGGGAUGCUUACAGGCCCUCCCAUUCCCAAACCCAAACAGAUAAUCAUCAAGAAGACCAAGCAAAAAGCCUCCAUGCCAACCUUCCUGCCUCAGACUCAAAUCACAGUACAUAAACCAUCAGUCCUCAUGAUGGACAGAGCCCCAGCCCUGACCAGCCUGCAAGCAGGUUCUUUCCCCUCUCUGCUCCUCCACAAUAACUCCACUCAGGCUGCUGUUGCAGGCCUCUCUAACCCAGCCCAAUCUCAGGUAUUAAUUCCCAACUCCUCAAUGACUCCCUCUUCCACUGUUUCUGCUUUGUCAGAAAAUACGCCAGCCCUCAUGGGCCCUCUGCCCCCACCUGUUCACCCUGCAGCCCAUACUAAGUCAGAAGUAGUGGGCAGCCUGGCCUCCAGUAACACCAGCACCAACGCAUCUCUGACCUCCACAUCUCCAUCCAACACCUCACAACUACCCAAUUUCAUCAACAUUGACCCGAAGUAUGAAGAACUGAUCCGCCAGUUUGAGGCUGAAUUUGGAGACUCAGGCCCAGAUGCGUCUGCCUGUCAGCCCAUGGAGGAGACUGUUACAGUCCCUCACCUGGGGAAUCAGUCCCAGAUUAGUCCUCAGGAUCUCAGCCGUAUAUCCUCAUCCACUUCCCAGUCUACUCCUAUAACUCCCACCUCUCAAGCCAGCUCCACACCUCAUCCAGAUGAUCAGGAGAUGGAAGUCAACAAGGAUGAGUCAGGGACCCCAAGUGAAGCUAACUUGAACCAGGUAUCCACAGAAAGCGCUAUGAAGGAUCACCUUGAGAGGCCCCUCCAAGUCUCUUUGCAACAGGAGACCAUUCUGGAUAAGCAACAGCAGCAGCCCAGUGUGUUAGGGGAUACAUCAAGCAUACCAUGUUCUCCGCUGCCUAAACGCAUGAAGAUUGAAGCCUCUGGUGAUAUAGCAGUACUGUCCACCACAUGCUAUUCUGAGGAGGACACACCCACUAAGGACAGUCUGCCUUCUUCUCCAUCUCUCAGAGGCUUCUUAGAGUCUCCUCUGCGCUAUCUGGAUACCCCCACCAAGAGUUUGCUGAGUACUCCUUCCAAGGCUUCAGAGGCAGAGUUUCCCACCUGCAACUGUGUGGAACAAAUAGUGGAGAAAGAUGAAGGGCCCUACUACAAUCACCUGGGAUCUGGACCUACUGUUGCCUCCAUACGACAACUGAUGGAGACAAGGUAUGGAGAGAAAGGGGAUGCCAUCCGGAUUGAGAAGGUUGUGUACACAGGCAAAGAAGGAAAGAGCUCUCAUGGAUGUCCUAUUGCUAAGUGGGUAAUUCGUCGUAGCAGCGAGAAAGAGAAGCUGCUGUGUCUGGUGCGUCAUCGUGCAGGCCACCAUUGUGCCAAUGCUGUCAUCAUCAUCCUCAUUAUGGCCUGGGAAGGUGUCCCAAGGUUCCUGGCAGACAAACUGUACCGUGAGCUCAGUGACACCAUCACCAAAUAUGGCAACCCCACCAGCCGACGCUGUGGUCUCAAUGAUGAUCGUACCUGUGCAUGUCAAGGCAAGGAUCCUGAGACUUGUGGUGCUUCCUUUUCCUUUGGCUGCUCCUGGAGUAUGUACUUUAAUGGCUGUAAGUACGCCAGAAGCAAAAUGCCACGCAAGUUCAGGCUACAAGGAGAUCACCCUGAAGAGGAGGGAAAACUCAGGGAUCACUUCCAGAAUCUGGCAACUGAGGUGGCUCCUUUGUACAAGAAGCUGGCCCCACAGGCCUACAGUAACCAGUGUCAGUGGGAGUUCAAAGCUCCAGAGUGUAGACUAGGUCUGAAAGAAGGCCGGCCAUUCUCUGGAGUUACUGCUUGCAUGGACUUCUGUGCCCACGCUCAUAAGGACCAACACAACCUCUACAAUGGUUGCACAGUGGUGUGUACUUUAACUAAAGAAGACAACCGUACGGUGGGGGAGAUUCCUGAAGACGAGCAGCUUCAUGUGUUGCCUCUUUAUAAGAUAUCCCUGACUGAUGAGUUUGGAAGUGAGGAGGCCGUGCGUAAGUUGCCUGAACCUGCCAAGUCUUGCCGACAACGUCGACUAGAGGCAAAGAAGGCCGCCUCAGAGAAGAAGAAAAGUAAACUCAUGCAGCAGGCAGGGGAGACGCCGGAGAAAACAGUGGUCAAGGCUGAGGUCUGCAUCAGAGGUUCCCCUCAACUCCAAGGCAAUAAAGCAAUUAUAAAACAAGAGGUGAAGCCCAAUGUCAAAAAGGAGCCAUUCAAUGGAUCAGUAGAUGGAUACCCUGUUCAGGCAGCAGACCCAUUCAGCACCAUCUUUUCACACCCUGCCUACUAUGCAAGGGGAGGCCUCCCCCCAACUGGCCAGCCCUCUGCACCAGACCCAGUAAAUGGCUACCACUCCAAUCUCCCCGCAAUGCACUAUGGCUACUACAACUAUCCACCUAAUGCACUUUUCCCCCCUAAGCUGAGGACCUACGAGGGUCGAAAUAGCUCUUUGCCCAAAGCAGGCAAUAAGGUUGUCCAGGUAGACAGGAAACCUGAAACUCAGAGCCUUCAGGCCAAACUGGCCCAAUCCUACCCCAGCCACCCAGAGCAAACCAACCAACUAAACCACAGCACUUAUGCCCAGCCUGCGGACUUCAACCAGCCCUGUCCUUCUUCUGAACUCUCCAACAGAGGCACUCCAGUCAUCAAACAGGAGCCUAUGGAUGUGCCGGUUUAUGAAGGCACAGUGCAGAGCCAGGCUGGUGCCAGUACAACUAGCACCAUGCCCCUUCCUGCGGCCUGGCCAGGGCACAAGCUUAAUGGAAUUAUUGUUCCUGCAAACUGGGAAGGUCACCUAAACCCUAAACAAAGUCCUGAAGCCUCAUUGUUGAACCCAGAAAAGCAGCAGCUUCACCAGCAUCCCCAGCAGCGGCAGCCCUCUCCUUACCCCCAGCAGUGGACAUCCUACCCUGGCUCAAAUGCCCACAUGGCUUCCCCUGCACCAUCACCAUCACUUCAGGUACCUCCAUCUCUGUCCUCUAACCUUGGCACAGCUCUCCCAGGUAACAUGCACCAGGGCUCUACUUGUCCUGCUCCCCCACGCCCAAGCACCCCUCUCCCAGGUACACCACAGCCUGGCACCUCACACUCAGGCUCACCUGCACCACAGCAAGGCAUCCCAUGCCCAGGCACCCCCAGGCAUUGGGCCAGCCCUGCUCCCAGUCCUGUGGCAUAUAGUCCUGGUUUGAAGCACAGCAGUCCUGCUGGAGCCUACCCUGACCAGAUCUGGUCCAAGACCGGGGAAAGUCGGUGCUCCACUCCCCUUGGGCUUCAAGAGGCAGCCCGGAAAUCUUGUGGAGGUUCAAUGGCAGGCAGUACCCCUUCCCCUGCCCCUGAGGGCCGCCUCUUCCCUGAUACCUUGCAGCAGUCAGAUCAGGCUUGCUGGAACCCUAACCUAGCUAAGCGUGACUUCGAGCAAACCAAGGGUCACGAAGAGGAUGAGGAUGAGGUGUGGUCUGAUAGUGAGCACAACUUCCUGGAUCCCAACAUUGGUGGUGUAGCAGUAGCACCGGCUCAUGGCUCUAUCUUGAUUGAAUGUGCUCGUCGGGAACUACAUGCUACCACUCCAAUCAAAAAGCCUGAUCGCUCCCACCCCACCCGCAUCUCCCUGGUCUUCUACCAGCACAAGAACCUCAACCAGCCCAUGCAUGGCCUGGCUCUGUGGGAGGUCAAAAUGAAGCUGCUGGCAGAGCGAGCGCUGCAGAGGCAGCAGGAAGCGGCUCUCCUUGGCCUCUCCCAGGAUGACAUCAAGGCCCUUGAGAAGAAACGCAAGUGGGGGGCUACGGUGGCAGGUGCCAGUCCAGGACCUGGACAAUCUAAAAACAAGAGAGAGGGGCCAGUGACGCGGUCAGCGACAACGUUCCACACUGCCUCUAUGGUUACUGUGUCUCCCUAUGCCUUCACCCACCUCACUGGGCCCUACAGCCACUUUGUCUGAGGUCAGACAGACACAAACAGAUUGAUAGCUACAGAGUGGUGUAGUGGAGGGCCGGAGAGAGCAAUGAGCAGGAUGAAUGUCUCUCAGCCGUCCCGCAGUCUAGCAUCUCUCCAUCCUGCCCCCUCUGCUAUCCUCUGGGAGGAGGGGACAAUUUUGUUGUUUUUUUUACCUCAUGUCAGGCAGUGGUUUGGGCUUCAGACACACUGCCUGUGGUGCUCUUCCUCUCUUGUCACUAGAGAGGAACUCCAUUGCUUUUUCUUGUUUAUAGAAUUUUAAUGAUUCUAAUUAUUGCUAUUAUUAUCAAUAUUACUAUGAUUACUAUUGUUACUGUCAAUGUUGUUAUUACAGGUAUUAUAAUGAUGAAGAUGUUUGUUUUUUUAUUGCUGUUUUCAUUAAUGUUAUUAUUAAUGAUGUGAUUGUUUUUGGUUAUAUAUUUUUUUUAAAUCAGUCUGUCAAUCAGACUCAAACUGUUUUUUCUGGUUUUCUUUGUUCUCGUCAAUCUUCCAGCUGUACCUAGAGGAGGAGCCAUCGUCUGCCUGGCAAGGCAGCAAUUACGAACUAUAGUGAUCAUAUGGUCAUAUAUAAAAAUACCAAUCCAGUAGGUUUGCAAUUGGUAUGCAUCUGAAUAUUGUAAAUAUACAGAUGCAUAGCCAAAGACAUAUCUUUAAUGCUAUAAAAGCCAGUUUAGGCCUUUAUAAAAGACAAUUCCAUUUACUUUUUGGCCUGGACCUCACUUUACUGAAUUUGGCUAUCAUAAGGAGUGUGAGAAACUGAGAGAAAACAUCAGUGCUUCUCUUGUCAUUAGACGAUGAGCUCCUCCUCCACUUCUGCACCCCUCCAGCUUUUGACUGGUGCUCAACUUCCAGCUCUGAUCAAUUUUCAUUCCGCUACUUUUCAUGGCACUCGAUGCUGUAUUUUAGGUGCUCUAUAGGUAAAAUCUGGCUCAGGCAGCAUUUGCAAGUAUUUGUUUUGGCCAAGGUGGAGUACCAGAAUGAUUGAAUUUACAGGUGCAGGAAACUGAUCAUGCAAAGACAUGGAAAAUGCUUUCCUUUGCUUGUCAGACUUUCCUUUAUGGAAAACUUUACAUCUUUGGUAUUCUACAGAGGCCAAAGAAAUGCAGCUAUUUGCAAAUGCCAUUUGACCCAGAUCAGCUAUUACCAUGGAAAUGGAACAGGUUUAUUUUCCUAAAACAUUCAAAUAGGGGUGAGCACUUCCUAGUGUAAACUCUAGAGGGCAGCGGUGCCUGCCAUUUCAAAGUGGUGUGUACAAACAAACCUACAAGCACUUGAGGUUCAUUCAGAAACCAGUAGAGCCUUGCCUUGCUGCUUUAACCAUUCAUGGCCAGUAGAGGGGCAUCUCGCACCAUGUUUGCUGACCAAGGAUGGGCCUCACCAAAGCAACCCCAGGUAGAGCUGAUCGGUGUCCCAUUGUGGCACAAAUGUGAUUGAAGUCUGGAGAUGCCUUUGGGGAGCUCAUCCUGGGUUAGAGCAGAAGGAAACAAUGUUGGGAUAGCAGUGCUUUUGGUGCUCCUACACACCCUCUGGUGCUCUCCUAUUACACUUGAUUUACUGUGAAGGGCCCACUCCUUCCUCUGCAUGGUGCUGUCAUCUUCAAGCAGAGCGAGUGUCUCCUUCUGCAGGCACCUUGUCACCACAGAGCCAGCCAAUCAAAGUGGCUGCCCAGUGGUUGGAGCGCUGUCACUGGGCUUAAGAACUAGUUGCUUUUGAGGUGUUUUUGCGGUUUAUUGUGGCCAAGUGGUUUUGUCUCAAAGUACACUGUACAGGGCAAAGAAAGCACAGUCAUUCAAUGCAUUCUUAGUAACCCAUUCACAAAGAAAACAAUAGUACUGAGAGAUAAGGGGAGACAUGGAAAAUUACUGUAGCUUCUGGGAGUUGGUUGCAAAUGCAAAUGCAUUGAAUCAAUGAAUCUCUCACUUUGUGUGUAUGUUUGCGUGUGUGUGUGUGUGCAUGUGUCUGAAAAUGACACAAAAGCGUGGAUGUGUGAAAGAGAAGAGCCAAAGAGAGAGAGUAUUUGAUAGCCUGAAUAGAGUCCUGUGAAUCACUCAUUUUUAUUUUCUCUCCAGCAACCGUUUGGUUUGCUUGCAACAUUUUGAAAAUGAAAAUGAGCUACUAAUGGAUCUUGAUACAGGCUGACUCCUGGCUACUGGGUGGUUGUUUGGGUCAAAGCCCUAGUCAUCUGUGAAAGACCCUGUUACCUCUCCUGAGGGUCUCCAGCUCUCUACCUCACGCUGUAGAGACACUGGUCACAAUCACAUCUUGCUACUGAGGGCAGAGAAUCAUGCAUAUAUGUUCCUUUGUGUGCUCAAGAUCUUCACACUCAUUUUAAUCUCCUUUUUUUUAACUCUUAUUUAUUACUACAUGAUGAUGAUGAUGAUAAUGAUUGUCUUUGGUGUUGUUUUUUUUUUCUCUUCUUUUUUAUAUACCUAAUACAAAUUGUACAUAGAGAGGAAAAGAUUUAUAAAAGCACUUUUAAUCUUGAUUUUAAUGACAAAAAAGAAAGAGCCGAUUAUUGACAACUUGAAGCUUUGGGGUUUUUUUUCUCAAGAGAGAGAUAAAAAUGUAAAUAUUAAAAUAUUUAGGUAAGAUUAUUUAACUGGUGAGCAUAAUAACUAAACCACAAAUGACAAGGGGGUAUUAUGAAGUCUCUGACAGACCUUAACAACAGUAAACAACACUUGGUCCCAGUGUGUUGUGUAUAAAUGUGUGCUUAGUAACACUGCUGUUUAGUUUUUCUAAGUACUGUACCCCCUGUCAGCACGUAACUGACAGAGACCUUUCACAUUAUAAAAACUGAUUCAUUACCCCAAUUAUGUAACAAGAAAAGUCACUUGACUUAAUCACUGACUCAGUCAAAAUACCUUAGGGAUCCCCCAUUCUCUGACCAAAACAUCUACAAAAACUAUGAAUUGUAGUUUUUAAAAAAGCUGAUUUGUCUAACAACAGUGAACUUUUUGACAUUUUAUAGCAGGUGUCAUCAACCCAAGAGAAGCUCUGUCAUUACAAAUUAAAUUAAAUUUCCAUUUAAGCUUAAAAAAAUUACCAAAACCAUAAUUGUGUGGUAUUCAGUGCGGUCUACUGUCAGUGGGCUAAGGACAAACCUUAAUGUGUCCUAAACCUGAUAUGUGCUGUAUGUGGUUUAAAGGAAUAGCUCAACAAUUUGGAAAAUAUGAUUAUUCACUCACUUGCAAUGCUUUCAAUGAGAAGAUCAAUACCACUCAUGUCUAUAUGCUACGGUUAACUUAGCAUAAAGACUAGAAACAGAGGGAAACAGCUUGGCUCUUUCCAAAGCUCACUAAUGAACACUCUACAUACUUCAGGAAGUUGUAACUCCUGGCCAAGAUACAGUGCAGCACGUAACCUCUGUGAAUCCAGUGUGUUCAGCUUCUGUAACAAAUGAGAUGUAGCGUGUUAAUUAACAGUGAUGUGUGAUAGCACUUACUUCCUCUCUGGGUCCCGUCAGCAGAAACUGAAGGAGAAGAGGAUACAUAAGGCGUUCUUACAAGUGCUUUCCCCUUUUAUAAACAACAAUUGGUGCCACCCUGGUCGUAUUACUGUGAAGGGACGCUUCUGUAGCCAAGAUUUUCAGUUCUAGCUGUAGGACAACGUCCAUACUACAUACACAGGAAGCUGUCACAUGCCACCUUGGUUACUGUUUACAUCCCUGCUCCCGGCAAACACAUGUGACAUCCACUCUGAUACUCCAGACUGCACCCUAGUGCUUUCUUGUAAUUCUUGUAGGUCUACUGUAUUCUUGUAAUUUUGUAUAAUGUAAUUACUGUAAAGGCUACGACUUCCACAGUCUUGAGCAACUGUUACAAAGUUAUUUCCCUGUGAGGAUUAAUAAAGCGUUUCUUAUUCUGAUUCUCAGUGGCUCGCGCAUUUACACAGCUGUAAUUCGCAUAUGGCUAUGACAGGUGGAAGGAGAGGUAGUUCCAAUCGACCAGGUAUUAGACUGUAGGCCUACUUAUGAUAGGUUGCUCACCUUAUGUGUCCCCUGUUGAUAAAAUAUACAUUUAGGCUACCCCAAACUAUGGAGUUUAGAUAUCAGUCCUUUACUAUGAGAGGCAAUCCUAGAACAGGAAACGUUGAGAUCAGAAGUAUCAAUAUUUCAUGAUUGAUCCACACAUCACUGUUAAUUAGUAAGCUUUAAAAGUGCUACUGGGCUGAUUUGGUUACCUGUGGACAGAGCGAAGAUAGCUGUUUCUCCUGUUGCCAGCUUUUAUGCUAAUAAGCUACACUAACUGGCUGCUGGCUGUAGAUCCAUUUUAGCAAACAGACAUGACAGUGGUAUCAGUCUACUCAACCAAUUCUUGGCAAAAAUGCUAAUUAACAUAUCUCCCAAAAUGGUGAACUAUUCUCAUAAUAUCAAUAGAGUUGCCCUUGAUAGCUUAACUACCAGAACCACAUCAGAAGGGGGGAUGUUUAUGAGCAUACUAGUUUCAGAGUCAGUCUGAGGGGAAUUGGUGGGCAAUGUUUUAGCAAGUAAUAGCUUGGCAAUCUUUGUCAGUUGUGUUAGACUAUCAGGUAAGAGACUGCUUCCCUGCUUGUUUAGAUGUAUCUAUCAUUAUUAUCUAGUUCUCAUCAUAGCAGUUAUGGACUUGGCAUAAAGAUAUGGUGUCCCAGUGGAAGACACCUGGGGUUUAGUUUGGAAUAAUAAUUGUAUAACACCCACAUCAUGGCUAACAAUAGUUCAACUGGUGCAGGGGCUGAGACUAAGCCCGUUUAACUUUUAACCAUGAUGCAUGGCCAACAUUACACACAAACAGACACUUGCAUAAAAAGGUGCUGGGGAUACAGUGUACAUUAUUUCUUAGUAACUUUGUAAAUUUCUAAAUGUCUCACAGGUUUGGUGGAUGGUUCUCAUGUGAGGCACCACCUCCCAAGUAUGUACUGAGAUUGGGGGGUUGGUCAGCUGGUGCUAUGAUGCUUCACCUUAAAUUCACUGUGUAAAAAAUGUGAGAGAUAAAUGAUCACCACAAAUAUUUUUCUGAGCUCUUUGAAUGUCAAAAGAACUGUACUUUUGAUUAAAGCAGUUUCACAGGAUGGGAAGCUGCCCUGGUGCUGACUUUCUGAAGUCUUUUGUUACAACGCUACAAAUUUACAUCUUUUUUUGAGGGCGGGGAGGGGGGGGGGGCACUCAAAAAGUCGAUUAUAUUCUCUUUUAAUAUUCAUUUCAUAAUGUACUUGAAGUCAUUGGAUGAGAUAUUGAAUCAUAUUUGAAGACUGUUAUCUGGCUUUUAUGUUUGGUACAGUGCAAGUACCAAAGGCGAAAUGAUAUUUUGAGUAGGUUGUACAUGUUCAUGCUAACUGAAUGCUAUGAUAUUUGAAAAAUACAAGGAUAGCAAUUGUGUACUGCCUCCC